AUGGCAUUGGUUCCUCUUGGUGUGGCACUGCUGUGCAUCGUCGCUUUUGCAAUAAACCACUACGUCUUCGGCUAUUGGAAGCGCCGCGGAGUUCGACAGCUCACACCGUACUUCCCAUUUGGCAACUUCACGGAUGUCUUCUUCGGCAAGGCAUCCUUCCCGAAAGUUUGCGAAAACAUUUACGAACGCACCAAGCAAUGGCCGCUAAUCGGAAGCUAUUUCCUGCUGCGACCGGUGCUGUUGAUCAACGACCCGCAGCUAGCCAAAGACAUCAUGGUGCGGGACUUCCAGCACUUUCACGAUCGUGGACCGCACGUGGAUGAAGUUAAUGAUCCGUUGAGUGGACACAUAUUUUCACUGGCUGGCGAGAAGUGGAAGCACCUGAGAGCCAAGCUGACGCCGACGUUUACCAGCGGUCGACUGAAGGGCAUGUUCCAGACACUGGUGGACACGGGCGUUGUCCUGCAGGACUAUAUCCAGAAGUGUGCGAAGGGCGGAGAUGUUGUUGAGAUUCGGGAAAUACUGGCACGCUACAAUACGGAUAACAUUGCGUCGGUAGCUUUUGGCAUAAAAAUUGAUUCGAUCAACAAUCCCAACGAACCCUUCCGACAUGCUGGACGCAAAAUAUUCAAGUCAAAUUUCCGAAACAACAUGCGUGUGGUGAUGGCGUUCAUGGCACCCAAGCUCAGCGAGUAUCUUAAAAUAAAGAGUGUAGACGAGGACGUGGAAGAAUUUAUUAUACGCAUUGUCAGAGAAACAUUGGAACACCGCGAAAAGAAUGGGAUUGUACGCAAAGACAUGAUGCAAUUGCUGUUGCAGCUACGCAACACUGGAUCGGUAUCUUAUGACGAACGCUGGGAUGUGGAAACAUCCACUAAGUACAAAAGUUUCUCAUUGGAGGAAGUAGCGGCCCAGGCACACGUGUUCUUCGUUGCAGGAUUCGAGACAUCCUCGACGACCAUGUCGUUCUGUCUGUACGAACUGUCCAAAAACCCAGACACCCAACGCAAGGUACAAGCCGAAAUUGACACCGUGUUGGCACGGCACGAAGGCAAACUGACCUACGAUAGUAUCAACGAGAUGCACUACCUUGAAUGUUGUAUCGACGAAACACUGCGCAAAUAUCCACCAGUUGCAGUGUUGAACCGCGUGUGCACAAAGGAAUACAAAAUUCCCAACUCGGACAUCACCAUCGAAAAGGGAACGCCCAUUGUACUUCAGGUAACCGCAAUGCAGCACGAUCCGCAAUACUACCCGGACCCGAUGCAGUUCAAACCGGAACGGUUCGAGGAUCCGGAAGUGAAGAACAAACCUUAUUUCCCGUUCGGCGACGGGCCACGGAUUUGCAUCGGAAUGCGUAUGGGUAAAGUGCAGACCAAGGUGGGUCUGUCGUUGUUGUUGUCGAUGUUCAACUUUGACCUGUCUGGCCAUCAGGAACCGGAACUGACGAUGGAUCCGAACAAUUUCAUUCCGACGCCUGUCGAUGGGAUUAAAUUGAAAGUUAGCAGUCGCGGGUAGA